AGUGACGGCAAGACUUUGGGGUGCUCCAGGUCAAGAUUCGAAGCUUUUGGUCUGUAAGCUUCCUAGAUCGGAGCAGAUCUGUGAGCUUGUUCUCUUCCUCGAGCGAUCUCCCAGUUGUCCCCUGUCGGAAGAAAGACCUGGCCUUCGGCUUUUUCUUGAGCUUGUCGCUCAUGGAUUUCUGCACUAAUCUCUCGUCGCUUCCAUCUACUAGAUGGCCCAACGUCAGCCGCUACGAAGUCUUUCUCAGUUUCAGAGGAGAAGAUGUUCGGAGGAACUUCAUUCAAUGUCUCUACGAAACCCUCACUGCUUCAGGGAUCUAUGCAUUUAUCGAUCAUGAUGGGAUUGAGAUCGGAGAAGAGAUCAUGCCCAAGAUUUUUGAAGCUAUCAGGCACUCGGAGAUAUGCAUUCCCAUCUUCUCCAAAGAUUUCGCUUCCAGUAAGAGCUGCCUGAAGGAGGUGGAGAAAAUGGUCGAGUGUGACAGGACGAUCAUGCCCAUUUUCUACAACGCCAGCCCUUCCGUCGUCGGCGAUCAGCAGGACAGUUACCAGCAGUCCUUCUGCAACCAUGCUGCCAAGGGGGAAUCGCCAGCGACUAUAAGCAGCUGGAAGGAGGCUCUGCGGAGUGUUUCAAGAAAACGAGGAUGGGAAUUGGAGAAAUUCCAACACGGGGAUCAUCAACUUAUACAGGAGGUCGUUUCCACGGUCCGCCGGCUGUUGAGGAAGGAUGAGCUAGAUGUGACAGAACAUCUGGUGGGGAUGGAUCUCCAUGUGCAUGAGAUGAUGAAAAAACUUGGUGUUCACUGUGAAAAUGGGGAAGUGGUUGAAGGGCAAAUACUGAUGGGAAGACGUGUGGUUGAGUUAUCGGGCCUUCCAGGAAUCGGUAAGUCAACUCUUGUCAAGACUGUCUACAACAAAAUCCAUCAUCUCUUUGAAGGUUGCAGCUUCCUUAAUGAUAUCCACGGAAAGUUUGAGGACAAGAGACUUCCAUCUCUCCAAGAAGAUUUAAUUAGUGACCUACAAAAGAAAAGAUGCACACUAAGAUCUUCUGCUGAAGGUACCGCAUUUAUCAAGUACAAAUUUAGAAAUCUUAAGAUUCUCAUUGUGCUUGACGAUGUUAGUGAUUUUGAACAAAUCGAUUCGUUAGCUAGAAAUCCAAGUUGGUUCGGUCUAGGAAGUAGGAUUAUCAUUGUCUCUAUGAGAAGCAAUCUUUUUGACAAGUAUAGUCUUGCGCCGGUUGAAAACUACGAGAUCCAAGAAAGUGCUCUUCUAAGUGUGCUUGGUUCUGGAAGUGGUGUUGUUAACAUUUGUGACGACAUCCUCGUGGAAAAAUACGAGCUAAAGCAAAUGAAUGAUGGGCAUGCUUUUCAACUGUUCCGUAAGUAUGCUUUUAGAGGAAAACCUCUUCCACAGGAAUUCUCCUCUUUGGCAUGGGACAUUAGUUUGGCUACUGGAGGGCUUCCUUCUGUUAUUCAGGUUGUCGGUUCAUCUUUAGUUGGAAAGCCCAUAAAGUUUUGGGAGGAAGCAUUGGAUAGAUUGAAGCGAGAGCCUUUCAACAAGGAAGUCAAACGAAUUCUGAAGAGAAGAUAUGAGGCUUUAGAGGGCAAUGCCCAACAGAUAUUUCUCGAUACAGCAUGCUUUUUUAUGGGCAAGGACAAGACAAUACCGUGUUACAUGUGGGAAGCUUGUAAAUAUGAUCCUUGUAGAGGAGUUGACGAGCUUCAUAACAUGUCUUUGGUAAAAACUAGAGAAAAUAAUGAACUGUGGAUGAAUAAUCAACUAAAAGUUCUUGGAAGGGAGAUCGUUAAGGAGGAAAAUCCGAGGAAACCUUUCAAGCGUAGCAGGCUAUGGAAUCAGGAGGACAUUGAACGAGUAUUGAACAAAAGGAAGGUCGAUGCAGUUGAAGCCCUCAGUGCUACAUUCGACAACUCCCGUUCAUUUCCUGAACAUGGAUUUUUUCCUAAUUUCUCGAAUCUAAGGUAUCUUAGAAUGAAUCGUGCUAUUAUUAAAGGAAAUAAGCAGAGUGCAAAGAACUCCAGAGAGGAUCUUUUCCUUCCACGAUUAAAGUGGCUUGAAUGGCAAUGGUGCCACAAUAUCUCCAGUCUACUUGCUUUAGAUCUGUCAGACUUGGUCGUUCUUGAUCUGUCUUGGAGUACUUCCAGAACUUGGCGGAGCUGGAGACAAAUUAUGAAGAAGGCCAAAAACUUGAAAGUUUUAAUCCUAAAAGAUUGUGGUUGGCUAGCUGAAUCUCCAGUUUCCCGUGCACCUGUAAACUUAGAGAGCCUAAACCUGGAACAUUGUUCUACAUUACCGGGUGUCGGCAGAUCGAUUAGCAAGCUAAGGAACUUAGUUUCUUUGAAUAUCAAGUCCUGCAGCUUCGUGCAAGAGUUGCCAGAAGAUAUAGGUUGCUUGAAAGCUUUGAAAGAGCUUUACAUCGAUGGAACUUCCAUUAGAGCUAUUGAUUUCCCUGAAGGUUCAUGUGGGAAGCUUGAAAUUCUGAGUGCUUGCAACUGUAAAUCCUUGUCCCUAUCCAAUUCAAUUGGUAACUUGAAAUCUCUUUCAUACCUAGCAUUGGACGACACUAAACUGAGUGAGCUCCCUUGUACUAUUGGAUUGCUCGAGAAUCUACAGACGCUUUCUCUGAGAAAUUGCAGGUGCUUGUGGAAACUGCCAGAUUCCAUCGGAAGCCUCAAGGAGCUGCAAGUUAUGGAUCUUUCAGAUGCGGUAGUCGAUGAACUACCUUCAUCUGUCAAGGAUUUGAGAAACUUGAAAGAACUAAAGAUGCCUCGCACUUUUAUAAGAGAAUUUCCUGAAGGCAUUAAGAAUCUAGAGAGGUUGGAAGAGAUAGAUUUCUCAGGCUGCAAAAGUUUGAGAGGGGAAUGCAACAUUACAGGAUUAGCCUCUCUGAGGGUCUUACUUCUAGUACGUACUGAUAUUUCUCGGCUGAUUGUGACUGUUUGUGGAUACUCUAAUCUCCAGGACCUCAAAUUAGAGAAAGGUGUUCCCCUCUUGGAAAGUGAAACUACUAAAGGAGCACGACAUCGGUCCAACGGAUAUGAGACUGAAACCCAGUUCCAGGCUCACGAACAGCACAUCAGCCUGCUGACGAUGAGUCAAACAUCGAAGCAAGGUAGUGGUCAGACAGAAGCAAGAAAGUUAUUGGUGGAUGAGGUUUGGCUACAAAAUUCUACAGUUUCUGGAGAAUAGGAGAGAGCAGUAUCAACUGGGGAUUUUUUGGAGUUGGAUUAUAGUAUAAGUAAAGAUAUUUGUAUUGUUGGGUUUAGCUUGUUAGUCACUGGAGAUGCAUCUAGUCUUUUACGUGGACUUUAAAACUCUAAUAUUACACUUAGCUUGCUAUUUUAUCGGAUAUAUAAAUAAAUAUAUAUAUUUUGGUCAUA